GUUUAUGGCUAGAUGGAAAUGAGGAGAAAAGUCGACGACAACUUCUUAUCGGAAGAGAUUCUAUACAAAUAUGGAAGCGUCUUCCAGAUGGUAAUCGUUUAUUAUCGUACAUGUAUGCGCAUGAGGGCAUUGCAACUGAUUCCAAAGCAAAGCCGAGGGAGGUCACUAUCACCGUUUACAAAAAUGGGUUCGAUCUCAAAAUCGGGCUGGAUGAUGGCUUGUCAUUCAAAUGGCCAGUUGAUCCUAGUAAAAAAGUUAUAGAUGCAUGUAAAGCCCUUGAAUGGUUGGAUAAGAAGAAGGACAAGAACUAUAAACACGAGAGACGCGUAUUGUUCGACGAAAUCAAACAUCAAGUUACCAAUAUUGUUCGCAUUUUUAUUAAUAAUCAUCCUGAUGAAUGGAGGCUACUCGAAGUGCGACAUGACUUGAUGAAGUCCUUAAUCAUCGGAGGAUGUUCUCGCCUGACACAAGACUUGGUUAAAGUUAGUGAUGAUGAAGACAAUAAAGAUGAAAAGGAUCGUCGCGUGUUACACAUUCCGCGAAAAUACUCAUGGCACAGUGAUAACGGAAAACCGAAAGAGAAGAAGACUGAUAUAAUGAUAGUCAUCGAGAAAAACGACAAGUUGACCGAGAACUUUCUCGCGUACUAUGCUCAUCAUGCCAAAGACCAUUAUAGUUGGAUGCAUACAGUGGGACGAGCUUUAUCGGCGUUAUCCGAGUCAUCUAAAGGAAACAACCUGGAUAUUAAUAGAAAGAGAUUGUUUGCUCAUCCGACGUUCGCCGGAGAUACAUCACAUGGUCAUAAGCAUCCUCCCGCAUCUUACACAACCAUUUUUCGAUCGUUACCAGAGAUUCACGAUGACUUGAAGUUAUUAACGAGAAGUGACGUAAUUAAAAAUCUGAGACAUGCCCAUAUGACUACAGUAGAGGGCACGGCGCUAAUGUUCAAGUUACGGGUUGAUCAAUCGAAACGACGGCUUCGGAACGUUAAGCUUGGGGCGAUAGUAAAAUUUAUGCUUACGCCCUUCUCAUUUGCUUUGAAAAUGAUCGAAGGUAUAUUUGACAGAGUAAGGGAUCCUGAGACACGUGUAAAUACUGUGCGUCGUAUUCCGGUACCAGUUGACACCGACGUCGUUAAGAUUCUAAAGAAAGCUGUGGAUGAUGAGAAUAGUGAAAUAUUCUUCGAUAAUCCGGUUGUUUCUGGCCUUAUCAAUUAUGCAUGGGAGGGUGCAUCCUAUCUCUAUUUCGCCUUUUUGAUUCUGUUUUUUUCUUAUUUGAUAGCCUUUGAUAUAUUUAUAUGGGAAUACAUUCAUCAAAACAACAGUCAUUAUGCUGUAGUUACAUACCUUUUUGUAAUUGGGACAUAUUAUGCAUUGUUUGAAGUGACUGAAAUGCGAAAUCAUAAACGAAAAAGCGUGACAUUCUACAACGUAGUCAACGUAUGUUCGUUUAUUCUUCCUAUAAUAACGAUUGCAGUCUUGACAUCCAGAGCAACGCGUGAUGACAAUGGGGCAUGGGGAUUUAGCCAGACAGAAAUAGACAGAGGUAUUAUAUUCCUUAUUUCCAUUAGCACAUUCACCAUGUGGUUCCAAUUACUGUUGCUUCUAAGACCAUUUGAAGCUAUCGGCUCUUAUGUGUUCAUAAUCAGCAACAUCAUCUCGCACAUUUUACCGUUCUUGGUGUCAUUGUUUAUACUCAUUGUAGCAUUCGGGCAUGCCAUGUACGUGCUUUUGCAUGAUCCAACACAAAUUGGUCUGUCACCAAAUGUCCUGCAACUCGGUGUCAACAUGACAACUCCUGAUGGCGGCGUCGAACAGACUAAUUAUACAGUAUAUCAAAAUUACAAUCCACAAGAUGUGUCUGACAAUAGUUUUGCAAGUUUCUGGACUUCUGUGUUAUCCUCUUAUAAUUGGAUGAACGGGAGAUGGGAUAAUGUGGACUGGAAUUACUAUCCAGUUACAAUUUUCACCGUCAUUGCAAGCUUGCUUCUAGUUAUUAUUAUGUUAAAUAUCCUUAUUGCUAUCAUGGGCGAUAUAUAUGCCGCAGCCAAGGUGUUCGGGAAACGAGAAAUCUUGAGAUUGCGGGCAAGAUUCGUGCUAGAUACAGACGACUUUGGUAACACGUUGUGGAGUGCACUGUUCUCAUAUCAACCAUCGUCGCGCUUUGAAGAAGUCGUAAAGAAAAAUCCUCGAUAUAUGUAUGUUCUUGGUAACCGUCGACAAUUCGAGCAGUGGGUUGAGGAAGGGGAAAAAUUUCGAGGACUCACCAAGCCGCAAGACGUUCAAGAAAAACUAACUGACCACAGUUGGUUUAAAUUGGAGGAUAAUGAUGCGGAUGAUUCUAACUCGAACGCUUUACAUUAG